AUGAGGUGCCCAGCUUUUCUCCUGCUGCUGUGCACGACGCUCGGAAGGGGAUUCGUCAUCAGCGACCGCAAAGGGGGCCCCCUGAGCGCGACGCAGAAAAGCCCGCUGAGCGAGCGCAGACACAGAGGGGUCGUUCCAGGGAGGAAGAAAAGGCACCUGAACCUCUUCAAAGAAGAGGAGGUGGAGGAGAAGUACAACAUGAUCGACACGAUUAACAGCCUCUUGGGGAAGGUGAAGCGGCAGUUUAACAUAGACUUCGAUGUGGAGGAGGAAAAGCGGGCCCGGGAUAAGCAGCAGGGGAGCAGCGCGGAGGGAAGCCCCAUGGAGGAAAUCCACAGCGAAGUGCAUAGCUUCGAUGCAGAGGGCGACCCGACGAAGCAGCAACACCGACGCGAUCAAAACGAACUGAGGGGAAUCUUCGGCACCAUGAUGGACGGGAGCUUCAAAAUAGGCAGAGCCAACACCAUGUUCAAGGAGCUGAAGGAGGAAAAAAAACUGGUGGACAAAAAGUACAAGGCGCUAAUUAAUAGGAAGAUUUCCCUGAGGCGUAAGCAAUUCAAGCAGCUAGAGGAGGACAUCAAAAACGGGGUCUUCAAAUCUCCCUACAAUGAUGAGCAGAAGAAGUUCCUCCAAAACGUAGUCAAGGAACAGGAGCAAGCCAUAGAACCCAUAAUUAAAGAAAUCGAAACGGUAGAAAAGAAUAAAUACCUCGUGUAUGACGAGAAGAACGAACAGCUAGUCAAAUUGAGGGAAGAAAUACAAAAAAAAAUUAACCAAGUGAAUUUGAAGUACCAAGAGGAAGCCAUCAAAUUGGGGAUUAAAAAAGUGAUGGAUGAUUUAUAUGAGCAGACAAAAACGCCGCUGGUCUGGGACUUAACUCAGAUGGACUGGCCCAGAGCCAUUUACCCGCUUAUAAACGACAUGAAGUUGAAAGCGGAUGUCUACUGGGAGUCAACAGUCGUUGGAGGGAACAGAGAGCAGAAUGAGUACUUCAUCACCCCUUUUAACAUACCCUCCAUGGAGGAUAAAAAGAGGAGACGGAAGGGGAGAGGAGUAGGAAGUAAAAGGGGAGGAUCAUCCGGAAGAGGAAUGAAAGGACAAAAGAGUAGAAGUGGAGGGUCCAUCCCCUUAGGCUUUGAAGGGGGUCAAACGCCAUUGUAUAGAAAAUUGCCCAAAUUUGUUGCCGCCCCAAUGGGACCAGGUUACCACUUCAACCGAUAUGACUACGAAUUAAUUCCACUCAAUUUGAUUAACUUGGCAUACACAAGAAGUGGUCAGAAGAAACACCUCGAAAUCGACUGGAAUGUGAUAGACAAAAUGGGACUGCGGAUAGGGAAGUACAAACGGAAACACCCCAUUAAGGUCGUCGGGUGUAAUUUGAAGAAGUACAAAAUGAAGCACGGCUUCGACUUUGAGUUUUACGCGAAACAUGUCAUCGUGAAGGCGCACUCCUUUACAGUUAAGGCGGCGCGGGAAAUUAUUAGGCUCGGGGGAAGGUGCCUCUUGCUGAAGAAGAACACGCAGGACAUUGUGUACGCAGAGUACAACCCAGAUGAUGAGAACUUGAACAGGAUUCCGCGCCGAAUUGUCUUUUCGGGGAAGCCCUCAAAGUAUGAGCGGAAGCAGCACUGGUUGCGGCGGGUGAAGAUGGAGGAGGAGGAGCGGCACCGCGCGGGGGAGGCAGCGGGGGAGGCAGCGGGAGAGGUGGGAGAAGUGAACGAAGUGGGAGAAGUGGAUGAAGCGGGAGAAGUGGGAGACGUGGACGAAUCGGACGAAGCGAACGAAGCGGGAUAA